AUGAGGGUUACGGCUGAGCAUGUCACGGACAUGAGAGGAUCGCGAGAUCUGGUCAGAGACGCUGAUGUGGUGGUGCAGGGCUACCGACCCGGCAUGCUUAACAAGUACGGGUUCUCGCCUGGAGGCCUCCUCGAGCUGACGAAAAACCGCGAACGGGGUCUGAUAUUUGUAAGAGAGAACUGCUACGGCUGGCAUGGGCCAUGGUCAUAUCGAAACGGGUGGCAGCAGAUCUCCGACGCGAACUGCGGUAUGUCGAUGGUGUUUGGUCGGGCCAUGGGUGACGACGAGCCCAUCACUCCCGUCUUCCCAAACUCAGACUAUUGCACCGGUAUACCAGGUAUUGUCGCAGUACUUAAUGCCUUACGGCGCGGCUCUGAAGGCGGGUCGUACAAAGUCGAUGUCGCGCUCAAAUACUACUCCCAAUGGCUCGUCAACAGCGUCGGCGUCUAUCCGCAUGACGUCUGGGACGACGUGUGGACAUGCAACGGGCGACAGAUGCUGAAAGCGAACGCCGGCGACGUCGUCCUGAAACCUGAGUUCUUCGAGAAGCGGCACUCGGGUGCGAUCGGUAAAGAUGUGCUGUGUAUCAAGCCAAUCAUACAGUAUCCGAACGGAAAGGUGGAGUUGAAGUACAACGUUGGCACGCGAGGGACGGAGUGGCUCAGGCGAAGUGGCCAGCGGAUCUGA